AUGGCCGCAGAACAGAGGAAGCUGCUUGAGGAUGCUGACUCUCUUCCCUCCAUCGCAGAGCAGCUCAUGGGCGGCGGCAUGGCCUCGCGCUCGGCCCAGCUCUCCCUCACCGACCCCAAGGUCUGCCGCUCCUACAUAGCGGGCCACUGCCCGCACGACCUCUUCACCAACACCAAGCAGGACCUGGGGCCCUGCCCCAAGGUCCACUCCGAGGCACUCAAGGCCGAGUACGACGCCCUGCCCGAGCGCGAGCGCGCCAAGUACGGCUUCGACUACGACUACAUGCGCGACCUGCAAAAGUACAUCGACGAGUGCAACCGGCGCAUCGACGCCGCCCAGCGCCGCCUCGAGAAGACGCCCGACGAGAUCCGCCAGACCAACGUGCUGCUCAAGACCAUCGCCGACCUCUCAGCCUCCGUGGCCGCGGGCCUGCUCGAGGUCGAGAUCCUGGGCGAGAUGGGCGAGGUCGCGCGCGCCUGCGACGAGUUCCACCGCGUGCGGCAGGCGCUCGCCGCCAAGGCCGAGCGCGAGCGCGAGCUCAAGGCCCUGUCCGACACGAGCGGGCCCAGCGGCCACCAGAAGCUGCAGGUGUGCGACGUGUGCGGCGCCUACCUCAGCCGGCUCGACAACGACCGGCGCCUGGCCGACCACUUUUACGGAAAGAUGCACCUGGGCUACGCGCAGAUGCGCAAGACGUUUGACGCCUUCCCCAAGGAGAUGCGGAGCCGGGGACGGCCGAUGAUGAGUGGCGGUGGCGACGACGAUAUGGGCGGCGCGCCGACGGGACCUGGUGGCGGCUACGGCGACGGCGGAUGGGGCAAGGGCCCUCGCGGCCCGAGGUCUGGCGGCGGUGGCUACGGUGGUGGACGGGGUGGCAGAGGAUACAGAGGACGGUGGUAA